UAUGAACCCUCAAAAUAGGAAAACAAAAUAUUAGAAAAAAGAAACAAAAUAAAAAACGCUGCUGCUUUACACCAAAACCGUAGUUUUGUCUGCUAAUCAAAUUCCAGCUCCUCCAGAUCGUCAAUUCACGAUCCAAACCUAGGAGGGUUUUCAAUUCCUUUUACCCUAAUUCCGAUCAAUAUUUGACGUUAAGCAAAUGUGUUCAUUCUGUAACCUAUUUUAAUUUCUGUUCUAUUUCGUUUUGUUGCAAUUUUGCGGUGGCUUUGGAAUUAAGCUUUUGAUCUUGAUCUGUUAUGGUUACACCACUUAUGGAAUUUUCUAGAUUUCGAAGUUUAAUAAUGGGUCGAAGAGAGUUUGUGAUUUUAUUUUCUGGUUAAUUGGGAAUAAGAAAGUGAAUUGAUUUGGGGGUUAAUUGGGAAAAAAAGAAACGUUUGAAGAAACGUUUCUGAGAUGAUUACUUUGGGACUUGAGCAAGAAUUUAGCAGUAAUAAAAGAGAAAUGAAUGAGAUUGAUCUUGAAGAAGGAGAAGCUUGCUCUUACCAAGAUUUUGAUUCUACCAUUGACCCGGAUGUUGCCCUAUCCUAUAUAGAUGAGAAACUACAAAAUGUACUGGGACAUUUUAAGAAAGAUUUUGAAGGUGUUGUUUCGGCGGAGAGUUUGGGGGCAAAAUUCGGUAGCUAUGGUUCAUUCUUGCCUGCUCAUCGCCGAUCACCUGUUCAUGCUCACUCUAAGACUCCACCAAGAGUUCAAAACCAUGUUACACACCAGUCUCCAAAUACUUUUCAAGCAGAGGUUGCCCAUCAUAAUUCUCUUGGUCCAGCCAAUGUCUCCUAUUCAACUAAACAGGGAUCUGCUUCUUCUGGUUCUGCUUCUUCUUUUGCUCACAAACCGCCACCCCAAAAUGAUUCUUGUUUAAAAAAUGCAAGUACAAAACCAAAUCAGUUAGUUGAAGUUUGUUCGCCUAAAUCUGAAGUUCGUGACCAUAACACACUGAAAUUUCGAAUUAAAGUGGGCUCUGAGAAUUUGUCGGAUAAGAAAAAUGCUGAAAUCUACAGUGGUCUUGGCCUUGUUGGUUCUCCAACUUCAUCACCUGAUGAGAGUCCCAUGGAAAGUGAAGGAUUGUCUUGCGAUGAUUUUGAGUCUCCAACUCGGAUUCUUCAAAUGAUGACUUCAUCCCCACUAUGUAGAGGCCGCUUCUUGUCUCCACUUCCCAAUAACCUGAUAUGCUUGAGUGAAAGGCCAAAAUCCGCGCAGAAUAUUUUUGUUCAACCUUCUUCCAACGUCAAGUUGGAAAAUUCUGUCAUAGGGCAUCCCUCAUUUUCAGUUAAAGAUAAGAAGACAAUUUCUGGUGAGAACUGCAUGAAGUUGUUGGAUAAAAAAGGGUUGGUUCCACAAGAUAAAGCAGAUCGGAAAGAGAGCAGUAUACAUUCUCCUUUUCAUUCAAAAGAGAUGGGGAUUGAUGCUGUGUCUUAUGAAGAUCUUGUUUCUGAUACUUUGAAGCUACCCCUUCUAUCUAAUGAACCCAUUCACAUGAAGGGGUCGCCAAAAGCCUCAUUCAAGGAAGAGGUUUUCUGUGACACCACAAAAAGGGAGUCUUUUGAGCCAGUUUCUAGCCAUGUUAGCUUGAAUGAGAAGUCUAAUGAAAAGAUGAUUUCAGCUGGAACAAUUGUACAUAACAAAGUUUGCGAUGCUCGGAAGAAUAUGAUGACUGAAUCAAAAAAAGUAGGCGAUAGCAGAAGUGAAACGGUUGACAGUGUAACCAAUAUUAAUAUCGGUGUUCCAAAUCUUAAAAAGGCUUCAAAACUUGGACAGAGAAAUCCUGUUAUUCACAAGAGCGACUCAUCAAUUUACCAUGAUGAUGCCAUGAUUUUACCUAGUGGAAAUGAGCAAUUCUCAUCAGGGGAUGAAAAGAGGCCCAAGAAAAGUCAAGUUCAUGGCUUUGCUAAUAGAAAGAAAGUAAUGGAAAUAGGUAAAGAUAGUGAUCAGGUGCUGAAAGACAGAAUGUAUUCUGGUGCUGAGAAUAAUGCGUGUAUGCGAAAGGAUUCAGCUAAGGCCAGGGAUCAAUAUGCUGAUUUUUUUGGGGAGCUGAAUGAAAAUGAAGAUGAUAUCGACUCCCCAGUUUUGCCUUCUGGUGAGAUGUUGAAGACCUCUGAGGUUGGUGAAAAAACCAUGUUAGCUUUUGAGCACACAUCAAAGGUGAAGACGAGCUCCAUUGACACAUGCAAGGGACCAACUUCAGGUGUGAAAGUUGGAGGUUCCUCUAACAUUGUUUCUGUACAAGAAAAUUUCCAACCAAUUUCUGAGUCAGCUCCUAUUCCUGUUGUUGAAGAUGACAAUUGGGUCCUGUGUGACAAGUGUCAGAAAUGGAGAUUGUUUCCCCCUGGCUCGAAAGUGGACAACCUUCCCGAUAAAUGGGACUGCAGCAUGAUGACCUGGCUACCUGGUCGGAACCGCUGCAGCGUUAGUGAAGAAGAAACCAACAAUUACCAUGCACCUCCUCUGGGCAUGAGCUCAGCUAAUAUUUUGAGCUCUGUUUUGCCGAUUAAUGGAAAGGUGAACAGUAAAGGAAAGAAAACAUUAAAGCCAUCCCUCCAGGAUUCUCCAAGUAGGCUGCCAAGCUCAAAGAAGAAACAACAGUUAGGGAAAGGAAAGACAUUGAAGGAAGCCAAGGAUUCUUUCCUUACGAAUGGAUUGGAUCUUCAGCAACAACCUAAUAUUGAUUUAUUUCUGGAGACAGGGUCAGAAAAGAAAACGGAGAAGCGCAGAACUGAUCGUGAUUCUGAUGGUCAUACUAAGAUCUUAAAUGUAAAAGGCAAAAGGGAAUUUGAUCUAGAGCUUCAUAAAUCUUCUAAGAAAAGCAAGACACAGAGUGCACAAAGUGGGGAUAAUUAUCAGGUAACAGCUACUCAGGAUCAAGGCAUUGAGAAUUUGGGUGUUAACCCAAUCUAUGGGUUUGGAGCCCGUACAACUGCAAAGGGUCGGGCAUCUAACUCUUAUCAGAAUUCUAAGAAUGAUAUGUUGAGCACCCCUUCAGAAAUAUAUGGCAAAUCAAAGUUCCAAGUUGAGGCACACCCAGCUGUUGGUUCUGUGCUUGUCGGCAAGUCGGGCAGUGGAAAUAAGAAGAGAAAAGGUGAUAACUUGAAGGAUUCUCCAAGUUCAACUCCGUCAUCGUGCAAGAUGAUUGAUGAUGAUAAAUCAAGUAGAAAGAGGCAUAAGAUGUCCAAGUCUGAGGGAAAAGAAUCUAGUCUUAGUAAAAGACACGGUAAAGUAGAUAAGAAAAGUAAAAAUGUUUCUCAUCAAAGAUUGGAUGGUAUUGAGUCCUUGCAAAAGGAUUUAUCAUUUGUGAAUCCUGUUGUGGCAGCUACAUCAAGCUCUUCAAAAGUUUCUGGAUCUCUUAGAGUCAGAUACAAAGCUCAGGAAAUAAAAGGUUCUCCAGUUGAAUCAGUUUCUUCUUCUCCCUGCAGAAUUCCAAACUCAGAUAAACUAACCUCAGGGUACGAAGUCAUAGGAAAUAAUAAUGUCCAGGGCGAUGUCAAUCUGGAAACUGGCAGUCCAAGGAGGUUCUCUUCAGCUGAUUAUGAAGGUAACGGUGAUCAAUCUGGAGCUAGAAGGAAAGAUAUUUUUGUAACUGGCACUUUUAAUGGCUCUUUAAAUGACGACAUGCAUGAAAAAAAUAAAGGAGGUUUACAUGUGGCUAAUGGAAACAGCUCCAUUGAUUAUAUAAAUCAUGAUAAUGGGUAUUCUUUUGAGGCACAAGUUUCAUGUAAAGGUAUCAAUGAGACAAGUAGAGCGGAAGUCCAUAUUGAUGCUAAUGUGUCUAACUCAAAGAAAUCUUGGAAGGAUUCUCUUUCACUUUCUAAGGAUAAGAACCAGACUUCAAACUCUAAUUCUGGGAGAGGGAAAGUUAAGAUGUCUGUGUCAGAUGAUAAGUCAAAGGAUCUUUCAUCAGUUAAUGAAAAGAAAGACAGGAAUAGAAAAGAAAAAGUUGGUGAAAAAUGUGCUUCAAAAGCCAACAAAACUGAAAAUCGCACAUUAGCUGACACUAAAGACCGUGGUUUUCCAAAUUCUGAAAGAAGACAGGAAAAUGAUGAGAGAAGAUCUUCAAAGAGGUUUGAUGUGGAAAAAUCUGAGGAGUUGGUGCCAAUAUCUGCCAAAGAAAAAUCUCGACAUAUACUGCAGUCUGAUGGGGAGAGAAAUGAGGGGUCGAAUACUAUGCAACCUUGUCAAAAAAACAAGGCAAGUACUUCAGCCUGUGAUGUUCAGUCAGAUGGUCGUCCUAGAGAGCCCAGACCUAAUAAGAAAACUGAUAGCCACAAUGGGACUCAUACUCCAUCGAAAAAUUCAAUAUCUAAUGGGCAUAAGAUGAAGAAUCAGGAUGCUCCAAGUCCUCUGAGAAGAGACUCUUCAAGCCAAGCCGCAAGCAGUGCGAUUAAAGAAGCCACACUCCUCAAACACAUGGCCGAUCGCCAGAAGAGUUCUGGUUCAACUGAGAGUACAGGAAUGUACUUUGAUGCAGCUCUGAAGUUUCUUCAUGGUGCCUCGUUACUAGAAUCUGGAAAAACUGAGAACAUCAAACAUGCAGAAGUAGCCCCAUUUAUUCCAAUAUAUAGCGAUACUGCAAAGCUUUGCCAGUAUUGUGCCCAUGAAUAUGAAAAGUCGAAAGACAUGGCCUCUGCUGCACUGGCAUACAAAUGUGUGGAAUUGGCAUUUAUGAGGGUAAUCUAUUCUUCACAUAACACUGCAAGUCGAGAUAGGCAUGAGCUGCAGACUGUUCUGGAGAUGAUUCCUCCAGGAGAGUCACCUUCUUCUUCUGCCUCUGAUAUUGACAACUUGAACAAUUCUGCAAAUGGGGACAAGGCUGCCCAAGCUAAGAAUAGUGGUUCUCCUCAACUUGCAGCAAACCUUGUUAUUGCAGGCAGGAACCGUCCAAACUUUUCAAGGCUUCUCAGUUUUGCUCAGGAUGUGAGUUCUGCAAUGGAAGCUUCAAGAAAAUCACGCAUUGCUUUUGCAGCUGCUAAUGGUAGUCAGGAUAAUUUAAAAGAUGCAAUCACCUCCAUCAAGAGAGCUCUGGAUUUCAACUUCCAUGAUGUAGAUGGACUUUUGCGUUUGGUACGGCUUGCAAAAGAAGCAAUUGGCCGUUGAGCAGGUUAAGCAUUAUGGCAGUUCAUGUAUCCAUACUACUGAGAAAGCAACUGUUUUAUGGAGAAAAACAAUUAACAGGCUCAAUAUGGUGCUCCAACGUGAUUUUUAUUUUGAUGUCAUCUUGUCCUUUGCUUGAAUAUGCUGUAGUAUGUCCCAGAAACCGUCUCACAUCUUCAUCUGGUUCUUCUAAUGGUCAAGCGACAAGUUACUUGUUGAGGAUGCCUUAUCAAAACGAUUGAUGCACUUUGUUCUUUGGGCUGUGGUUUGAUAAAUUUUGCCGGAAAGUGAAGGUUGCAAAUAGAGUUUUAGUGAUGAAUCUUGAUUUUGCACCAAGACAAGUGAAUUCUGAUGCCAUUCAUGUUUUUCUAUUUCCUGUAUAGUGUACAUAAUCAAAGAAUAGGUUAUGAGAAAUAGUUCAUAUAGUCAUUGGUGUUGCUAGGAAACCCUGACUGCACCGUCACUCUUAUUUCUCAAUAAUGCAGAAGGUUGAGACGUGCUUGCAAGAUCCAUGCUGGAAGGAGGCAAGUUGUAUGAACCAUCAAGUGCAUGUAUAUGAGGUGUAUGCUGAUGUUUAUACUUUUAUUAACCAGGAAAACUGUAAAUAGAUGAAAUAUUAGAGUACCCCACCUGUUUUUAGGGUUUUUGUUCCCUCUUAGAUUUAUUGAUUAUUUUUGAGCAGUUUUGUAAACAAUGUUCAAGUGACAUAUUGUCUAUUUGUCUCAAUGUAUGUAAAUUUUUGAUC